AUGCUGAUGUGCCCAAGCUUGGGUAGGGACAACAAUUUCAACCCGAAUUGCAGGCUUGAUGCAUCUUGUAUCCUUUGUGGUCAUGUGGUCAAUACCGUAAUUGCUGCAUUUUUUGUGGUCAUAGCAACUCAUGGCAGGCCAACUUAUGAAUUUCCUCACCCAUUGGCGCGUGUACCUCAAAGCGCUGGUUAUUGGCUCUCUUAUAUACUUGUAGAUUUACUGAUCUGGUGGGGCAUAAGAGGAUACAUUAAUGACUUCAGGAAAAAGAAGUUGAAGCUUCCGUCUAUUGCAUACUUCAGCAUGUUCAAUGGGUCAAUAUCUCAUUUUCCAACUGGCUACAUGUGGAGUCCCCAUGUUGUACCAAAGCCGAAUGGUGAGGAUUGUUUAUUCCUCCGUGGGGGUGGAAUUUAUUCAUGCACUGAUAAUGGGAUUUAA